AUGCCGCAGAAAUUAACCGUCGCAGUCGCGCAAUCGCGCACUCGGGACACCUUGUCUGAUACCCUCCAAGCCUUAGAAUGCACUACGCGCCUUGCUAUGUCCCGUGGAGCCCACGUCCUGCUUUUCCCAGAAGCAUAUUUGGGUGGUUAUCCGCGAACUUGCACCUUUGGUGCCUCCGUUGGGGCUCGAGACCCUAUUGGCCGCGAGCAGUAUCUACACUACUUUCACGCUGCAGUUGACCUUGGGGAUACCCCUGUUGGUGCUGGAGAUGACUGGAUUGAAAGGACUCUUCCAGUUGCGAAGGGGAAGAAUUACCGGGGCGAUGGUACGAGGGAGUAUCUAGAACGGGUCGCGCGGGAGACGGGAGUUCUGCUCAUUGUUGGCUUGAUUGAGAGAGCCGGUGGGAGUUUGUACUGUGCCGUCGUCUACGUGGAUUCCAAGCGAGGGACGUUGGGGAAACGAAGAAAGGUGAUGCCUACUGGUAGCGAGCGGCUGGUAUGGGCACAAGGAUCCCCGUCAACCCUGAAGGCCGUUACCACCGAGAUUAACGGGGUGAAACUGACGCUAGCAGCUGCCAUAUGCUGGGAGAACUGCAUGCCCCUGCUACGACAGAGUCUCUAUUCCCAGAAUGUGAACCUCUACCUCGCCCCAACUGCAGACGCGCGUGAUACCUGGCUGCCAUUGAUGCGCACAGUGGCGUUUGAAGGGAGAACUGUUGUGUUGAGCGCCAACCAAUGUGUUCGGAAAAGCCAGCUUCCUUCGUGGAUCACAGCGGGUCAGGGACAUACUAAUGUCGCAAGCCACCACACAAUUGAAGCCAAGCCAUCGACCAGUUUUCGAUCAAUACGACGGCGACGACAACCUUCGAUGACUACCCUAGAAGGAUCACAUGAGAUUGUGUGGCCAUGCAAUGAUCCUAACGCACCCAAGACUACCAAGAUUACCCAGGAAAACCUCCCUGAAACGGGCGGUGGGAUCCACCCAUCCCCCGGAGCGGAGUAUCAUACCAAUAGCACAGCCGUCGAUGGAGUGGGAGUAACGGAACAAGAUGCCGAUCCAUUCGCCACUCUUUCAUCACCGACGCAGUCAAUAAUGACCUCUCCUUCCGAACCACAUCCGGAUCCCCCGUCGGUCCCCGACCCCACAAAAUGCCGUAGAAAAUCUAUUAUAACGGAAGACGAGCACGAAAUUACAUGGCCAGAUCAUACAGCGGAUACCAAGAAGGGGGCAGCCUCCACAUCGUCACUGUCCUCUGACACUUACUUGUCCGGCGGCGGCUCUUGCAUAGUUGGCCCUAUGGGAAAUGUGCUAGCGGGCCCAAUCUGGAAUGUGUCUGAUGGCGAUGAUGGUGAUGACAGCAGCCACAUCCUAAUUACAGAAGUCGAUUUUGAGGACUGUGAAAGGGGCAGGUUGGAUUUGGAUGUUGCGGGGAGCUAUUCGAGGAACGACGCUUUCAAGUUGACAGUUGAUGGUCUCGAUUUGAAUCCACCUCCUAUCUAG